UCUCUUGUUAAGAACAGAAUCAAUCGUUCAAACUCUGUCUCUCAUAUGCCCAUAACGAGGAGUAUAACUUGUGAACAUAUCAGAGCAUUCUUUUAAGAAAAAGUUAAGUUUUUGCUGAGAGGGUAAAGUGUUUCUUCCAGAAGGAUAUAAAGAGAGAUUAUGGCAAGAAAGUGGUGUAUACUCUAUGAAGUUCUGGGCUUUGUGCUCUGGGUAUUUAUAGAGAGUUCUUUUGCUACUCUUUCCCCUACUGGUGUAAACUAUGAAGUGGUUGCUUUGAUGGCUAUAAAGACCUCUUUACAUGAUCCUUACAAUGUUCUGGAGAACUGGGAUGUUAAUUCUGUAGACCCCUGCAGUUGGAGAAUGGUCACCUGUUCCCCCGAUGGCUAUGUUUCUGCUUUGGGUUUGCCAAGUCAGAGUUUAUCUGGCACGUUGUCACCGGGAAUUGGCAACUUAACUAACUUGCAAUCUGUGCUGCUGCAAAACAAUGCUAUUUCUGGUCCUAUUCCCGCCAGUAUUGGGAAGUUAGGAAAACUUCACACGCUCGAUCUCUCCAACAACGAAUUCAGUGGUGAUAUGCCCAGCUCUCUCGGGGACCUGAUCAAUUUGAACUACUUGCGAUUGAACAACAAUAGUCUUACGGGACAAGUCCCUGAAUCUCUAUCUAAUGUUGGCGGCCUUGCACUUGUGGAUGUUUCGUUUAAUAACCUCAGUGGUAGCCUUCCAAAAUUAUCAGCUAGAGCUUUCAAAGUCGUUGGCAAUCCUUUAAUUUGCGGGGAGAGUUCUGUGGAUAAUUGCUCGCUUGUCUAUCCAGAACCGCUGUCCUUUCCACCAGAUAGUGAUAAAGGUGGGGCAAGCCAUCGUGUGGCGAUUGCUUUUGGUGCGAGCUUUGGCAUUGCUUUCUUAAUCAUCAUAGUCGUCGUGUUGCUUAUCGGAUGGCGCUAUCGACAUAACAAACAGAUCUUUUUUGACGUCAAUGAGAAACACGAUGCCGAGUUUUGCCUGGGGAAUUUGAGAAGGUAUGCCUUCAAGGAACUGCGGGCUGCAACGGACCAUUUCAACCCGAAGAAUAUUUUAGGGAAGGGAGGAUUUGGUAUAGUCUACAAGGGGUGUUUAAAUGACGGGACUACUGUGGCUGUUAAACGGUUGAAGGACUAUAACGUUACUGGUGGCGAAAUUCAAUUCCAGACAGAAGUAGAGAUGAUUAGUUUGGCUGUCCAUCGCAAUCUUCUCCGCCUUUCGGGAUUCUGUUCAACUGAAAACGAAAGGCUUCUUGUCUAUCCCUUCAUGCCAAAUGGCAGCGUGGCAUCGAGAUUAAAAGAUCAUGUGAAUGGUGAGCCUAUAUUGGACUGGUUAAGAAGGAAAAGGAUAGCGUUAGGAAUAGCACGGGGUUUGGUGUAUUUGCACGAGCAGUGUGACCCGAAAAUCAUCCACCGUGAUGUCAAAGCAGCCAACAUUCUACUGGAUGAAUACUUCGAGGCAGUUGUUGGGGAUUUCGGGUUGGCAAAGCUCUUGGAUCACCGCGAGUCUCACGUGUCUACUGCUGUCCGUGGAACUAUUGGCCACAUCGCUCCAGAAUACUUAUCGACAGGCCAAUCUUCCGAAAAGACUGAUGUGUUUGGGUUCGGGAUCUUGCUUCUUGAGUUAAUUACUGGCCAGAAAGCUGUUGAAUUCGGGAAAGGGACAAACCAGAAAGUAGUAAUGCUUGAUUUGGUAAAAAGGCUGCAUCAAGAAAGGAAGUUGAGCUUAAUGGUGGACAAAGAUCUGGGAACCAAUUUCGACAGGAUUGAAUUAGAAGAAAUGGUUCAGGUUGCCCUUCUAUGCACCCAGUUUAACCCUUGUCAUCGCCCGAAAAUGUCUGAAGUGUUAAGGAUGUUGGAAGGUGAUGGCUUAGCCGAAAAAUGGGAGGCUUCACAGCGAGCUGAAACUCCAAGGCAUGGAAAUACGGUGCCACAAAGAUACUACGACUUGAUAGAAGAAUCUUCUCUAGUCGUCGAAGCAAUGGAACUUUCUGGACCUAGAUAACAGCCUGCAUUCCAUUCUUGAAGCCAGAAAUAUUCUUGUCUUGUUGAUAGGUAUAAGGUAUUGAUUUGUAAAAAGAUAAUGAAGCUGUGUAAGUAAUA